GCUCCCGGAACUGCUCGGCGGCGGCCGGCGAGACGGCAGCAUGUCUGCCGCCAGGAGCCGGCGGGACGGCGUGUCUGCCGCCCGGAGGAAAAGCAAGGGGCGGCUGGGCGCGGGCGGCGGCUCUCCAUCGGCUGCCGCCACCCCCGGCGCCGCGGCCGAAGGCGGGCUGCUGGUGCUGGGCGUUAUCGACGCCGUGGAAGCAGGAGAUGACAAUGUUCCCAAAAUGCUGCGAAGAACCCUUGCCCAGCUGUCACUGAACAGCAUGAAAUCUGCCAACCUAUGCAUAGGUCGUCCGGCCUUGCUUACCUCUGCUGAUGGGCGACAGGAGGUCUGUACUGCUUGGCCCACCACAGGCUUUCCAGGUGGGAAGGUUGGGCUGAAUGAAACCACACAGAAGAACCUGAAAGUAAAUCUAGGUGAUGCUGUCACUGUGCAACCUGUGACUGGUGCAGUCAUCCAGGCAGAGGAAGUCGAUGUGAAGUUGAGAGACAAAGAUGCCACCAUUAAUGCUGAGGAAAUGUCUGUCUGUCUACUGAGAAACCUAGAUGGGAAAAUAAUUUUACCAGGAAACCUCUUGGCUUUUACGUUCUAUGGCAAACUUUGUAACAUCGUGGUGAUAAAAGUGAAGGGAACAGAUGGUGCAGAGCUGACUGCCUGUGGCAGUGCUUUCUCCACUGAUGUGCUGGAGCAAGACCUUGAAAGAUCAGAUUUGGAGACAAGUGCAUUAGAUCUGUCCUUACAGCUUGACAAAAUGGACAUUGAUGACAGUCUGGAGGUGGCAUCUGUGAGCACACCAUGCAAACCAACUGAUCCAGGUUCUCCAGUUCCACCUAGUUCUGCUGUGGCAGCCAGCAAUCAAGAUUCAGAUCAGGGAGAUAAAACCUACGGCAAAGGAGAUGGUGCAGAUCUCCCCAAUGAGUUGGAGUUGACUGGGAAAGGAGGCAGUGAGGAACUCUCACUAAUUGGCAGAACUGGAGCAGUAAGCAAUACAGAUGCUUUUUAUUUCAUUUCUUCAAGAACUAAAAUCAAUUUUAUUGAACCAAGGAGCAGCGUGACAGAAAGUGGUGACUGCGAAUCCCGAGUCACCUAUGAUAUGAUAGGAGGCUUGAGCAGCCAGCUCAAAACUAUUAAAGAAACAGUUGAACUGCCCUUGAAGCAAGCUGAACUGUUCAAGAGUUACGGAAUCCCUCCUCCUAGAGGAGUGCUGUUGUAUGGCCCUCCGGGUACUGGGAAGACUAUGAUUGCCAAAGCCAUCGCAAACGAGGUUGGCGCUCACGUUACUGUUAUUAAUGGCCCUGAAAUAAUUAGCAAGUUUUAUGGGGAGUCUGAAUCAAGAUUACGUCAGAUCUUUGCUGAAGCUUCUCUGCGUCGCCCCUCCAUUAUAUUUAUAGAUGAGUUGGAUGCACUCUGCCCAAAGAGAGAAGGGGCUCAGAACGAGGUUGAGAAGAGAGUUGUUGCUUCAUUGCUGACAUUAAUGGAUGGCAUUGGCUCAGAGGACAGUGAAGGGCAGCUUUUGGUACUUGGGGCCACGAAUCGCCCCCAGGCACUGGAUGCAGCCCUGCGCAGGCCUGGGCGUUUUGAUAAAGAGAUAGAGAUUGGAAUUCCCAAUGCACAAGACCGACUGGACAUCCUCCAGAAGCUCCUCAAGAAAGUUCCCCAUUCACUCACAGCAGCAGAGUUGGUGCAGCUGGCUGAUAGUGCACAUGGCUAUGUGGGUGCAGAUUUAGCAGCCUUGUGCAAGGAAGCAGGUUUGUAUGCAUUGCGGAGAGCACUGGGGAAAAAACCUAACCUAGCAGACAACGAGGUGGCUGGGUCAGUGAUGAUUGCUUUCAAUGACUUCCUGCAGGGGAUGAAUGAUGUCAGGCCCAGUGCCAUGAGGGAGGUGGCAGUUGAUGUGCCAAAAGUCUCUUGGGCGGACAUAGGAGGACUAGAAGAUGUCAAGCUGAAAUUGAAGCAGGCAGUUGAGUGGCCUCUCAAACAUCCUGACUCCUUCAUCCAAAUGGGGAUCCAGCCUCCAAAAGGUGUGCUGCUCUAUGGACCUCCUGGCUGCUCGAAAACAAUGAUAGCCAAAGCCUUGGCUCAUGAAAGUGGUCUCAACUUCUUGGCAGUCAAGGGCCCUGAGCUGAUGAAUAAAUACGUUGGUGAGUCCGAACGAGCAGUGAGAGAGAUCUUCAGGAAAGCCAGAGCAGUGUCUCCUUCAAUUCUUUUCUUUGAUGAAAUAGAUGCUUUGGCAGUUGAAAGGGGAAACUCUUCAGGUGCUGGAAAUGUAGCAGACCGUGUCUUGGCUCAGUUGCUGACGGAAAUGGAUGGGAUAGAACAGCUGAAGGACGUGACAAUUUUGGCAGCUACAAACAGACCGGACAUGAUAGACAAGGCCUUGCUGAGACCAGGACGAAUAGACAGAAUUAUCUACGUGCCCUUGCCAGAUGCAGCCACUCGUGAGGAGAUCUUCAAGCUGCAAUUUCGGUCCAUGCCAGUCAGUGAGGAAGUCUGUUUAGCAGAGCUUGUUCAGCACACACAGAAGUAUUCAGGAGCAGAGAUAACAGCAGUCUGUAGGGAAGCAGCCCUUCUAGCUCUUCAGGAGGACAUACAUGCCACAUCCAUCAUGGGAAGGCACUUUCGGUACGCGCUGGCUGUCGUGACCCCGAGGAUUCCUGAUUCCUUAAUCCAGUUUUAUGCAGAUUACCAGCAGCAAAGUGGACUGCACACGCUUUGAAAGGCAAAUUAAUACCUACCCCUAUUCACAGUGGGAAUAGCAGAUUUCCUUUGUAAAGCUGUCAAAAGCCAAAGAAUUUUUGUGUUGUAAGUGAGCAGAGCGUCCGAAGUUAACUGAAGUAUGGACCUGUCGCAAUAAAAUGCCCGUGUGGAAGUUUUGAGCCUAUGAGAUAUUGUCCAGAACUUUAUGUUUUGGAAUUUCAGUGGUAUAAUCUGCAUUUUAGAGGUAGAAGAACUGCUGGGUUAAGUUAGUUUAUGUGAGUGUGCAUCUACGUGUGAGAAACUAAUUGCCAGAGUCCGAAUUUUUGGUGGAUUCUUGGCCCCAAAGAGAGGAUGAACAAGUGUCUUCCUUUACUGUCUUCAUUUGUUCCUGCUUCAACCACAGUUUCGUCCUGGGGACCAUCCCAGCGAGGCGCAGACCUGGGGCGUGGCCUCACUACCAAAAAAAUGCUUAAGAUUAUUCUGAAUCUUUUGAUUUAUGAUGUCCAGAGAAGCUGCCAAACAGGCUUGCUGAACAUAGAGAGCUCUCUGAGAUAAAGCUCAGGUAUCCUGAUUGAUUACAGUGAAACAUUUCUCUUUGGUCUCAAACAGCAACUUUCUACACAGGCACUGGUAAAAAAUGUCCAUCCCUUGGCUAACCUCAAACCUCUGCCAGACAUCAGUGAAAGAUUUUUGUUGUUCUUUCUUUGCUUCCAUCAAAAUAAGCAGAAAUGUUGAUUGAUCAUUUAAAGCUGUCCACUUAAAAAUCCCACUGAUUCCUAAUUAAUGAAUAAGAAAACCUCCUUGCAAUAUCUGUUAGAAAUGACCACAAGCUAGUUUAGGGACAGAUAAAAUCUUGUCAGCAUAUUUCUCUGUUAGAUCAUCUGUUGAAAUGAUGGCAGGACCUUCUGGACUCUCUGCUCUUGCACUCGGUGUGAAGUGCAAUUAAGCAAACUCAUUUGAGCUUUUCUAUUCCAGUCAUGGGAAAGUAAAACCCAUACAAACUUCAACGAUUUUUUUCUUAAAGAAAGGUGAUAAAAUCCUUAUUUUCAGUGGGUAAUUCUGUAUUUUUCUGCUGUUUCAUAGGUAAGUAGAAGAAUUUACAGCUCAAAAUUUUAGCCAUGUUGGAGUAAACCACAAAUACUACUUCAGGCCCCGUGUUACUUUUUGUUUAUUGAUGGUUCUGAAGAUUUUUUGUUCUUGCAGUCAUUUGGAAAUUCAUUAAGUUUAUGAGAAAUUUCUAUAUAUGUCUCAGAUUUCUCCUAUGGUUAAUUAUAUUACCAAUAUGGAAUUAAAACAAUCACCUCUUGGAUGUCA